AUGCCUACCAAAUCACCGUUUCCCGAUGUGGAGAUUCCGGCCGUUGACCUCUGGGGUCUAAUGUUCGACCGCAAAGACCGCGACUUUUCCGACGAUAAAGUCAUAUAUCGCGCUAUCAACUCUGGUCGAAAGUACACAUUCGCCGAUGUAAAAAGCAACGCGACAUUAUUCGGCGAAGGACUCCGGAAUCUCUGGGACUGGCAAAAGAAUGACGUGCUUGCUCUAUAUGCGCCAAACGACAUCGACGUACCACCAGUCAUCUAUGGAACCUUCUUUGCUGGUGGUAUUGUCACUCCUGCGAAUCCAGGGUAUUCAAAGGAUGAGCUAGCCUACCAGCUCGAAAAUUCGGGGGCUAAAGCGCUUGUCACGACAAAGUCAUUCCUGGACACCGCGUUAAAAGCUGCGGAGAAGGUUGGGAUUGCAAGUGAUAGGGUGAUCUUAUUGGGUGCCGAGAAAGACGAGACACAUCGAUGCAAACACUGGACUAGCAUCAGGAAGACAUCAGGCGCAUUACGGUAUCGCAGGAGACGGGCGGAUCCUGAAGACCUGUCGUUCCUGGCGUAUAGUUCUGGAACCACAGGAUUACCGAAAGGCGUUAUGCUCAGUCAUCGCAACAUCGUCGCCGACCUGCUUCUUUGCCAGGGCGCAGUGGGAAACUGGUACUCAUCCGCAAACGACAAGUUCCUGGGAGUUUUACCAUUCUUCCACAUCUACGGACUUACUGGUCUGGUACAUCAGACACUGCAUCGCGGCAUUGAGCUCGUGGUGAUGCCUGCUUUCGACAUGGAGACGUUUCUGCGGACGAUACAAGAACACAAGAUUACAUUCAUCUAUGUUGCACCUCCAGUCAUUGUACGCUUGUCAAGAGAUAAGAUGGUGGACAAGUACGAUCUCUCGUCAGUCAAGAUGAUAACCAGUGGCGCAGCUCCCCUUACGAAAGAGCUAGUCGAUACUGUGCACAAGAGACUGAACCUCAAGAUCAAUCAAGCAUACGGGCUCAGCGAAACAAGUCCCAUGACACACACUCAGCCAUGGAACGAAUGGUACACCUCCGUCGGCAGCGUCGGAAAAAUGUUCCCCAACAUGACCGCAAAAUACAUAUCCGCCUCCGGCGCCGAACUCGGCCCCGGCGAAGCAGGCGAACUCUGGCUCAGCGGCCCCAACAUCUUCAAAGGAUACUGGAAGAACGAGUCCGCAACCGCCGACGCCAUAACGCCCGAUGGUUUCUUCAAGACAGGCGACAUCGGCUUCCAAGACGAACAACACAACUUCUACAUCACGGACCGCGUCAAGGAAUUGAUCAAAUACAAGGGUUUUCAGGUACCGCCUGCGGAGUUGGAGGGGAAGUUGAUGGAGAGCGAGCUCAUUGAUGAUGCGGCGGUUAUUGGGGUGAAUGAUGAGGAGCAGCAUACUGAGGUGCCGAGGGCGUAUAUCGUUGCUUCGAAGGCUGGUGCUGGGGAGGCGGAAGCGAAGGCUAUAGUGCAGUGGAUGGAUAAGAAGGUUGCGAAUCAUAAGAGGUUACGAGGGGGUGUGGUGUUUAUUGAUGAGGUGCCGAAGAGUGCGAGUGGGAAGAUACUGAGACGCGUGCUUAAGGAGAGGAGCAAGGAUGAUGUGCCUUUGGGUGUGGUAGUCAAGGCUAGACUAUGA